AUGAACCGCGAUUUCCCAGUUGCACAUAUCAUUGAUUUUUUAUCGUUGGGAAUUAAUCUUUUUGGGGACCUUCGGCGCCAUUCGUUUUCUUCAGAUGCCCGUUUCGCAGAAGUUCUGGUUUGUAGAGCCGAAGAGUACGUGAAUGGUUUAGUUGUGCUGCUUCAUGUGUAUGACUGGUCAGAAGAGAUAUGUGGCGAAUUUGCAUCGGUUAUUUCUGGUGUGCAGGGUUACAUUAAUCAUUUUAAUGAAAGGUUUGACGAAUUCAUUCAGAAAAAUGAAGAAUGUUACCAGUGUCCAUACGAAGAACGAGACGAAUCAUGCGUUGGUGCUGGGAGGCCACGGUUCCUUAUACCAAGGGAUCAAUUACAAGGCCUGCGUUCAUUGCAUUUUUCCUGGAAGAAAAUUGCGGAAAUGCUAGGCGUUUCAGAGAAAACUAUUAGGCGCAGGAGACAAGAACUAGGACUUAUGAUUGGAUAUCAAAAUUCCUAUAGCGAUAUUCCAGAUGAUGAGUUGGAUGUGUUUAUCAGAAGAAUAUUGGAUUUAUCUCCACAGUCUGGUGAAAGAAUGGUUCUUGGAUCUUUAAGAGCACAAGGAAUAAAAGUGCAAAGAAAUCGUGUAAGAGAUGCCAUUGGUCGUGUGGACCCUAUUAGUCGAGAUAUGAGAAGAAGAACGGCUAUUAAUCGUCGUGUGUACAAUGUACCAACACCUAAUGCUUUAUGGUAUGUAUUGCAAUGUGGUCAUAAAUACAUAUGUUCACCCUUCACUCAUAUCAAGGAUAAUUUUACAAGUGCUGUACAUCAGUACCUAAAUUUCCUCAUUAACUUAAUGUUUGCCUAGGGCAAGUCUGUAUAUUAAAUGCACCCUACUUCAUUAUUUUAAUCUGUCUAAUGCCAAACAAUUUUACUUGCCAGUGAUAGGAUACUGCCAGUUAAUGGGUUUUAACUGAUAAAGCACUGAUAAAACUGAUAAUCUCACUUGUGAGAGUAGUUAUAAUUUCACAUGUGAAAAUUGUCGCUUUUAGAUUAUCGUGUUUCUGUAAAACUGUUCACUUUCAAAGACGGUCCUUAAACAGAAAUAUACAUGGAUGCUUGGAAAUACCUGAUUUAUUUCUCAUGUUGAACAUAAUAUCAUCUCACUCUCAAGAUAACAUGUUCAACACUCGAAAUAAAUCUGGUAUUUCCACACAUCCAUGUAUUAUUCUCUAUAUAAACAAUAGCUAAGACAAGUGGGUUGCCCAAUCAAUCACCCUGAUGGGUGAUUUAAGUUAUGUAUAUCAGUAAAUAACCCUUAGUUUGCAUCUGUAAUCAUCAUAUCAGAUGAGCAUGGACCAAUAAGGGGGCUUCGGUGGCCAAGUGGUUAGCGCACUUGCCUUUCACCUCUGAGGCUGCAGGUUCGAGUCUCACUAAGUACCUUCUCAGUGCGACUCGAACCCAGUCCCCAUGUGAAAAGAGUAAAAGUCAACGUUCUGCCGAAAGCCGUGGGUUUUCCCCGGGUACUCCGGUUUCCUCCCACAGGGAAAGUUGACAGGGUGGGUUUGGUAAAAAGGGCCCACUGUAAUUGGCAUAUGCUGUUGUGGUGACCCUGCCCUAGUUGGCAAAGCUAAAUAAACAAAUAAAUAAAUAAAUAAAUAGAACACAUACUUGGAAUUGAGCCUAAGAUGCAAGAAGUUACUGUUCUUUUAAGCUUCUGCAUUAUAUAAUGUGCAAAUAAUGUUCAAAUUCUUAAUGUAUCUGGUACAUACUAAUUUUAUCGCCAACUUGGUUGGUGGUUGAAGUUUACAUACAAAAACAAUUGAAUAUAUUCUUCAACUAUAGGCACAUUGACGGAAAUCACAAGCUAAUUCGUUGGAGAUUUGUGUUGCAUGGUGGAAUUGAUGGCUUUUCCCGGACAAUUGUUUACUUGGCAUGUGCAGAUAACAAUAGAGCAGAUACUGUUCAUGCUCUAUUUGUGAAAGCGAGUCAACAAUUCCACCUCCCAAGAAGAGUUAGAUGUGACCAUGGGACUGAAAAUGUGUCUGUUGGGCGUCACAUGUUACAUCAUUAUGGUACUUUAAGAAACCCAGUCAUUACUGGCCUCUCAGUUCACAAUCAGAGGAUUGAAAGGUUAUGGAAAGAUGUCAACCUUUACAUUGUUCAAUAUUUCAAAAACCUUUUUUACUAUUUUGAAUCUAUUCAGUUGUUAGACCCAGUGAACGAGAUACAUUUGCUUGCCUUACAUUACGUUUACAAACAACGGAUCAACAAGGCAAUAGAAUCUUUUGUUCAACAAUGGAAUCAUCAUCCUCUUUCAACAGAAGGGAACAAAAGUCCUUACCAAAUAUGGACAGAGGGAUUUUAUAGUCAUGCCAAUUCCAAUCAUGGAGCUGUUAUGGAUCUCCUUCAUAGAAAUGAAAAUGUUAGAAACAUUGGGGUUGAUGAUGAGGGUCCUGUCCCAGACAUACAGACACAAAAUAAUGUCAUUGUACCAGAUAUUAAUGUUGAUCUUACUGAGAAUGAAAAUUUUCAGUUACAACAAUUAGCAAUAUCAGACAUCCCUAACAAUGAGCAUGGUGAACAAGCUUACUUGAUAGUUCGUGCAACAAUUGAAACACUUUUGGAAGAAAGGGAUUAA